AUGGAGCCAGAAGACGUGGCUACCUCAGAGCUGCAGCAAACAGAGCAAAAACAGGAGCUCACAGACGGUGAGCAUAAUGAGCGGGACGAAAAUGAACGGCAAUCGCAGGGGGCUGCUUCGCCGCAGCAGGAAGAGCAGAAUGCUGGCAUACAGCAACAGGAUUAUCAGCAGCAUUUAGGUGAGCACAAGCAACAGGAUGAGCGGCUGCAACUGGGUGAUCAGCAGCAACAAGAAGCUGAACAGCAACAAGUAGAGCAGAAACGACAGGAUGAGCAGCAGCAAGACAAAAAACAAGAUGAGGAGGAACAAGGCGAACAGCAUCAAAAAGCUGAGCAGCAUGCAGGCGAACAACCACUAAAAGAACAGCAAAAAGAAGAGCCCCAGGAUCAGAAGGAUACCCAGAAGAAUGGGCAGCAACCGAAAAGCGGAGAGCAGAAAGAAGAACAGGUGCAUGAAAAGCAGCAGCAGCAAGAGAACAGCCUGCUUGACAAAGAGAGUAUCCAGCACCAGCCAGAGGCGUCACUUCGGGAAAAGGAAGAGCAGCAGCAGCAGCAAGAGCUGAGAGAAAAGGAACAGGUGCAAGGAAGAGAGCAGCAGCAAGAGGGGGAGCAAGGAGAGCAGCAGGACGAGCGACCGCAGCAGCAAGAUCAGUUUCCUGAGAGGCCGUCAGAGCAGCAACAACAGAACCAGCAGCAGCCCACGCCGCAGCAGCAACAGCAUCCGAGCAAAAGCGAUGAGCCAAAGAAGCAGGGAGAAGAGCAAGUUCAGAGUGAGCAGCAGCAAGUGGAGGAGCAGCAGAAGCAGCAGCAGGAACAACAGCAAGAACAGCAGCAGAAACCUGAGACCCAAUCCUCACUACAGGAGUUGCAACAACAGCAAGGAGGUGUAGUUGACCAGCAAGAAUAUCAGCAAAAAGAGUCAGAUGAGUUGCAACAAGAGCAGCAACAGCAGGCAGAAAAGCAGGGGAAGAAGGCGCAAAAACAGGAGAGUGAACAGCAGGAAGAAAGCCUGCAGAAACAGAAUAAAGAUAAGAAAAAAACGAAGGAGCCAGAAGAUGGACACCGGCAUAAGGACCAGAAGCCAGAGCAGCAGCAGCAGCAGCAGCAACAGCACCAGCAGAAAGAGGCUAAGACGCAGCAGCAGCAGGAAGAUGCUGAGAAGCGUCAGCAGCAGGACGAACCUAAAGCGCAGGAGCAGCAGCAAGAAGCGAAGAAGCAGCAACAGCGGGAAAAGACUAAAAAGAUGCAGCAGAAACAGCAGGAGGAGGCCAAGAAACAGCCCCAUGCGGACGAAGGUAAGCAGCAACAGCACGGGGAGGCCAAGAAGCAGGAGGACCAGCCGCAUGAGGCUAAGCAAAAGCAACAGCAGGCUCAAAAUAAGCAGCAGCAAGCGGAUAAGCAAGAGCAAGAGCAGCAGCAGAAGGAACGGCAGCAAAGGAAGAAACAGCAGCAGCAACAGCAAUCGAAGAAGCCAGCAGUGGUUGCAGCAAAAAAGCCACUUGAGCCUGAUACACUUUCAGAAUAUGUCGCGAUUGCUGCAGAUCCUGCAGAAGAUGAUCCCGAACUAACAGCAACACCUCCUGCAACACCAACUCUGUCUGCUGAGCAGCAGCAGGAAGACCAGCAGCAGCGGCACCACUACGAAUUCUUGGGGGGAAAACGACUGAGUGAAGACUUCAGCUUCUUGAUGUUUGGCUCUCGUGUCUCUUUGGAGAGCUUAGAUACUCUGCCUGCAGACGAACCGACCCUAAAACCACAGCUUCAGCAGCAACAGCAGCAGCAGCAGCAGCAGGAGCAACAGCAGCAACAGUCGCAGCAGCAGCAUGCGCAGCAGCAGCGAUCGCAGCAGCAGCAACAGCAGCAGCAACAGCAGCAGCAACAGCAGCAACAGAACCCGCGCGAUGACAGCAGCUACUGGGUAGAUCCACUGAAAGAAAGGAAACAAAAAAUAGCAGCAAUGAGAGCCAUGGAGGCAGCCGACGGAGAGCUUGGGUUUCAACUCAAACAGAUCAAAUGGAAGCAUCGUUGCGUUCAGCACGAAGUGCAGCUGCUGAGUCCAGAAGAAACGAGAGAUCUCAGGGAGCACCACACGCCUUCAGCCCGAAGAGCAGCUAAGCGCAAGCCCGCCUAUCGAAGUCAGCGCCAGGACCGCCCAGCGGGCGCAGAGCUAACCUUAGGCCCAGACCGCUCAAGUGGGCGGAGACUCAUGUCUUUGAACAGCAGCAACAGCCUCAGCAGCAGCCGCCAGCCCUCUUUGGGGGCCCCUGGGGGCCCCCUGUCUCCGAAGGACAACAGCGGCAGCGACAGUAAUAAUGCAUGCAGCGAAAUGGACGACCAGUCUCUCUUUGGGAUGGGUCUGGACGAGGAAGCAGCCUUUAGCGCUGCUGCUGUGGCAGGGCAAGGAGAACUGAGGCAAACUCUGGGCCCCCAGGGGGCCCAGGGGCCCCCGGGGGCCCCUGGGUUUGCCCAGUGGCUAGCCAGGCUGGAGGUGCUCGACGCCCUCCGGCAUAUACUGCAAGAUGAUGGUACCUUGUGCAUUAACAGCAUCAAAAAGGUGGAAGCCAUGCUCAUUCUCAAGGCUCUGCUGCGGAGGUACCAGCAGGAGAAGAGGCAACAAAUCGCAAACGGCGAAGUCCUGACUCCCCGCUCUGCUGCUGCUGUUGGCUGCGGUAUCCCCCGGCGCGGCUCCAUCCAGCAGCAGGCCACGGGGGACAAGCGCCUCAGGCGCAGGUCCAACCACUAG